UGAAAUGGGCAUGUUUUGAUUUUGAUGAUCUUGUAUGUUAAAGGAGACAGAAGGGUUAAUUUGUGAAAUGGCUGCUGAACCUGUUAAUGUGAAUGAAUUUCAAGAGUUAGCCAGGCUAACCCUUCCAAAAAUGUAUUAUGAUUUCUACUCUGGGGGAGCAGAGGACCAGCACACACUGAAGGAGAAUGUGGAAGCGUUUAGUAGGAUCACGUUUCGGCCUAGGGUUCUUGUCGAUGUGAGCAGAAUAGAUACUUCAACUUCAAUACUAAGUUACAAUAUUUCGGCUCCUAUUAUCAUUGCUCCAACAGCUAUACAUCAAAUGGCACACCCUGAAGGAGAGGUUGCCACAGCCAGAGCGGCAGCUGCUUGUAACACCAUAAUGGUUUUAUCUUACUCAUCUAGCUGCACUAUAGAGGAGGUUGCUGCCAGCUGCAAUGCUGUUCGCUUCUAUCAGUUAUAUGUAUACAAGAGGCGAGAUAUAACGCGUACGCUAGUAAAUAGAGCUGAAAGGAAUGGAUUUAAGGCUAUUGUCCUCACUGCUGAUACUCCAAGACUUGGUCGAAGGGAGAAAGACAUAAAGAACAAAAUGAUUGUACCACCCCUGAAAAAUUUGGAAGGCCUCUUAACAGCCAAAGUUGUCUCUGAUGCAGGCUCAAAUUUAGAAGCUUUUGCCAAUGAGACCAUGGAUGCUUCUUUAUGUUGGGAGGAUAUAGGAUGGUUAAGAUCUAUAACAAACUUGCCAAUUUUAAUCAAGGGGAUACUCACUCGUGAAGAUGCGAAAAAGGCUGUGCAAGCAGGUGUUGCUGGGAUUAUUGUCUCCAAUCAUGGAGCUCGUCAGCUAGAUUAUUCUCCUGCUACGAUUUCUGCACUUGAAGAGGUAGUUAAUGCUGUUGAAGGGAAAAUUCCAGUUCUUAUGGAUGGAGGGGUGCGGCGAGGUACAGAUGUUUUCAAGGCCUUGGCCCUCGGUGCAAAAGCUGUACUUGUUGGAAGGCCUGUAAUUUAUGGCCUGGCUGCUAAGGGGGAGCAUGGGGUGAGACAAGUCAUCGAAAUGCUGAAGGAUGAGUUUGAACUUGCCAUGGCCCUUUCUGGUUGUCCUAGUUUGAAACAUAUCACCAGAAACCAUGUCAGAACAGAGCGUGAUAGGCUUCACUCAAUGCUCUAAUAUUAUGUUCUCAUGGGGUAAUAUCUUGUACAUGGAUGGACGGAUUGCAUUGCCAACAGUCAUUCAGAAUUUCGGAUUCUUGAGGGUCAUUUGUAAUGAUCAAUUAAUUUUAUCCUUCUUAUUGUAUAAUAAUUCCCAUAUUAGUUGUACUACCGACUCAACAGUUUAGAUUCAUCUCAUUGUGAGUGAGAAUCAA